AUGCUUUUCUUCAUUCUUGGCUUACUUUUCAGAGUCAGAAACUCUGAGCGAAAAUUCCCUAUUCAUAGGAAAUGGGAGCUUGCUGAUGGCCGUUUCUUAUUACUUAGAGAAGGACAAGAUUGCUACUAUUCGAUGAUGUACACAUGUGAUUGGAUUUCGAGGGCUUAUAUUUCUGAUGGCACAAACGAGGUCUCAUUUACCAAAACUUCAGGCACAGUAAAACUUGCCGAUGGAAGAACUGCUGGUGUUGGUAACGACAAUUAUCUGAGAAUAGUUGGAAGUAGUCUUGCAUCGACAGAGACACAUCAUCUUGGCGUUUUUAACUUAUUUUGUUAA